AUUUUUAGAACGUUAUAAAUCGACACGAUGGAAAAUAGCGAUCCGAAUCUUAGAAAAGGAAGUGGAAAAUUUUCAUUCUUAAACGGUGACACAUAUGAUGGAGAUUAUGCGUUGCAUUUAAUUAAUGGCACUUUGGUUAAAAACGGUGAAGGAGUAUACGUUACAGACGAUUUUAAUACCUAUAGCGGUAAGUGGGAAAACGAUAAUUUUGUCGAAGAAAAUUUCUUCAUUCAGCAUAACAACGGAACGCGAUAUAAUGGUGGAAUUAACGCGAAUGGACAGAUGAGUGGCAAAGGUAUAUAUCAUUUUCCCGACGAUUCAUCGAUAAACGCAAUAUGGUAUGAAAAUAAGCCCGUUUCCGAGAUUACUUAUCAAGAUUCACUCGGUUACGUUUGGAUCGUUAAAACUAUUUCGGAUGACAAGACGAAACCAAUCCGUAAGAAACAUCGUUAUAAAUGGCCACCAUAUAGUGUUAAACGGAUAAGUGAUCUGUCAGUGUUACGACGACUAUGGUCUAAGGGCGAUAAAAAGAAAUUCUAUAUAAAUGUGACAAUUUAGUGAUGUGCGGAAUGCUAGCUUCAUAUUCUUGCUGCAUUAUCGUCUGGACUAUUUAUUGUUUUUUGCAAGUUCAUUCAUUGACAUUCCAUGUCAUUUUGUCACACAAUGGACCCGUUGUAUCUGGUGGUACGAUUACGAUCAAAGCAGAUUUGUAUACUACGGGUGGCUACCGACCAUCAGGCUCUUUCAGAUAUAUAUUGACCGACGAUGCUCUCAUAC